AUGUCUAGAAUCGUCAAUUCUACCGUCACCGCCUCUCGUCACUAUAUUUCUACCGCCAACGUUGUGAAAAACAUGAAACCGGCUGCUAGUAUUCUUUAUAGCGCCAGAUCUCAAAGGUUAAUCACCAACAAUGGCUCACAAUUCCCACUUCUUCGCAACAAUGUUGGUGCCGGCGCCAAACCAAUGUCGACUUUUGUGGUUGCCGGGAUCGACCAUUCCUACUCGCCAAUCGAUUUCCAAUUGAUGAAUUUCAACAAGGACCCUGCGAUGACCGAGUCAGAAGAAGAUUUUGCUCCAAUGGUUAGCACUCCCGGCGAAGAAGUGCACUCACCAGGACACUAUCAAGAAUGA